GAGUCGUUUUCUGAGAAGAGACCAUAUUUGUUCGCAGAGGAAGCUGUUGCUUUCUGGGAUCUGGCUACAACAGAAAGGACAGCGGCUCCAACAAGACUUUUCCAGAGGGUGCCCGGGAGUUGGAAGAGCUGAAGACACCUCCAGACUCUGGAUUUGGGGUUCUCUGUCCAUGGGUGCAGCGCCUGUGCUCAGCUGGUGAGCUUCAUCCUGAGCGAGCAGCCAUGGCAUUCAAGAACGUGCCCUUUCGCUCUGAGGUCCUGAAUUGGGACCCUAACACCCUUGCAGACUAUUUCAAAAAGCUAAACUACAAGGACUGUGAAAAGGUCGUGAGGAAAUAUGACAUCGAUGGGCCACGGUUUCUGAACCUGGCAGAGAACGACAUCCAGAAGUUCCCUAAGCUCCGCGUGCCGAUUCUGAGUAAGUUAAGUCAAGAAAUCAACAAGAAUGAAGAGAGAAGGAGCAUUUUCACACGCAAACCCCAAGUCCAGCGGUUUCCGGAGGAGACAGAGAGCCACGAGGAAGACAACGGAGGCUGGUCAUCCUUUGAAGAAGAUGACUAUGAAAGUCCCAAUGAUGAUGCAGAUGCGGAGGACGACGGUGACUACGAGUCCCCCAACGAAGAGGAAGAGGCACCUGCGGAAGAUGAUGCCGAUUACGAGCCACCACCCUCCAACGAUGAGGAAGCUCUGCAGAACUCCAUCCUGCCUGCCAAGCCUUUGUCCAACCCCAACUCCAUGUACAUAGACCGCCCCCCUACUGGGAAAGUGCAGCAGCCGCCUGUGCCCCCACAAAGGCCGAUGCCCUCCCUCCCUCCUUUGCCCGCGGCCGGCCGGAUUCACCAGCAGCCACUACCCCCACCCCAGCCCAACCACGAGGAGCCUAGCAGAAGUAGAAACCACAAAACGGCCAAGCUCCCUGCUCCUUCUAUAGACAGAAGCACGAAACCAGCCCUAGAUCGUUCAUUAGUUCCAUUUGACAGAGAGCCCUUCACACUAGGAAAGAAGCCAGUGAUUUCUGACAAGCCCUCGGUCCUAGGGGGAAGGCCUCCUGGGGAGCAUUUUCCCAAGAUACAAAAGCCCCCAUUACCGCCAGCCACGGAAAGGCAUGACAGAGGCAGCCCCCUGCCAGGGAAGAAGCCACCCGUGCCAAGGCAUAUGCGGGGACCAGAGAGAAGAGAAAAUGAUGAAGAUGAUGUACAUCAAAGACUUCCGCCCCAGCCAUCACCUCUCCCCAUGACCUCCAACACCUUCCCUUCAAGAUCUACCAAGCCAUCGCCCAAGAACUCCCUCCCAUUAACUCACUCGUCUGGAGCCUUCUCAGAAAGUAACACUAACUUUCCGCAGAGCGCCUCCCUGCCACCAUACUUCUCUCAAGGUCCUGGCAACAGACCACUUCCCAGAAUGGAAGGCAGGAACUUCUCGCCAGUUCCAAGCAAACCUAGACCACAAUCCCCUGGGGAAGAAGAGAAUUCAUUAAAUGAAGACUGGUACGUUUCUUAUAUUACCCGAACAGAGGCAGAAGCAGCUCUUAGAAAGAUAAACCAGGACGGCACUUUCCUGGUUAGAGACAGCUCUAAAAAAACAAUAUCCAAUCCAUACGUUCUCAUGGUGUUGUACAAAGAUAAAGUUUACAACAUCCAAAUCCGUUAUCAGGAGGAAAGCCAAGUUUACUUGUUGGGAACUGGACUCCGAGGGAAAGAGGACUUUCUGUCUGUGUCAGAUAUUAUCGACUACUUCAGAAAGAUGCCGCUUCUGCUUAUUGAUGGGAAAAACCGAGGUUCCAGAUACCAGUGCACGUUAACGUACUCUGCAGGUUAUCCCUAGCAAGUUAGCCAAGCAAGCGAACCUUCCUCCUGCCUCUGUCCCAGCAUGGGAAGAUCAGUCAACCUUGGUGAACGGUCAGACCCUUAGGGCUGAAUUGAACCCCUUCAACACGAACAUAAGGGUUUUGUCCUUUCACUUAUGAAAAUGUUUGGAAUGAAGACUGUCAAAUAUCCUAUAAUUUAUUUAUUUUUCUUCAAUGUUUGUAAAGUGCAUGAGUAAUAAUGUUCACACUUGAAGUCUAACAGUGCACUGUAAUGAUUCAUUUGAAAAACAUGUGUAUUUUUGAAUACCCAUGUCCAGGUAUCGUAGUUUGCACACCUAUAGAAACAAUUUGGGGCAACAAUUUAGAAACACUGAAAUGGUAACAAAUUUUGGUAACACAUGAAACUGAUUUUUUAACUAGCCAAUCCUUUGUCAGUCAAAGGCAAUCAUCAAUUUUAUAUGUAUAAUUUGAAAUUACUAAAAUUCAGUUUCUUGGCAGCAAUAAUUUAAGAAGCUUCAAAAGAUUUCAUCCUUUCUUAUUUCAUGUUUUUGCUGGAGGGUGGGGAUUUUUUGUAUACUUUUUUAUGAAAAAGAUAAAUGCAUGCUGGAAUAACUUCCUGGAAUUAAAAUUCAUUUGCCUUCUGCUUCA